UACUAAGUUGUGUGCUCCCACUUUGAAAGAAAGGCCUAAACUUGGUUAAAGUAAUUGAUAUUUAUCGGCUACGUAGAUUUUCAGUUUUAUUAUAGUUUAAUUAAUGCUUUUGUAUGAAUUGUAGGGUAACGGCUUAGGUCUAGCCUUGUAUAUGUAUGAUCUGAUUCGAGGACCAAAUGAUGUGAAACUUUUAAUUAUGAGAGGUUCUUGCCAAUUUUUAGUGAUGGACUGUGAAACCAUGUUUCAGUUUGUGAGAUUUUUAAUUCAUUCCAAAAAGCGGUGACACUUUGCUGUGGACGUCAUUCUUUGUUGAAACUAAAAAGUUACAACUUUAUUUAAGAUUUAAAUUAUUAUUCAAAUAUUCUUUAAUUUUCCUAAAUAAAUAAAAUACCAAAGUAUUUUAACUUCAAUUAUAAGUGCAUUAACUAAGUCACCUUAAAUGUUAACUUUAAAGUUUAAAUCAUGCCGAAACUUUAUGUGGAGGCAGUUGAUGGGGGCUUUUCAUACAGUUAUUUUGAUCACAGUUAUUGUUGUUUUAUGUCACUGUACUUUCCCGAACUGUUCAACACUUUGUGCUGUCUCGCUCUCAGUCAAUCCAGCAAAAGAGAAAGGCACAGAUAAAUCAACAGGGCCAGAUUCUUUAUGUGAGGAACUGGAUGCCUGUGAAGAUAAGUUAGGAUUAGACGCUAUUCGCUAUCUUCACCGACAACUUGAUGAUGACGACAACGGUAAUGUUGAUGUUGCUGAAAGUGAUGACUUUUUACGGGAUGAGCUGCACUAUGAGAAUGGCUAUGAAAGGCAGAAGGGCUUCCAUGGAAACGAUAAACAUAUUAGUGUUGAUGAGUUAUGGAAAUCUUGGAAAGCAUCUGAAGUUCACAACUGGACAGUAGAGGAAACAGUCCAAUGGCUAGUGACUUAUGUUGAUCUACCUCAGUACGUUCAGAAUUUCAAUGAAAACGGAGUUGAUGGUACUGCCUUACCAAGGAUGGCAGUAAAUGAUGCAAACUAUUUAUCAUCUGUUUUGGGUAUAAAGGAUACCAUUCACAGGCAGAAAUUGGCCUUAAAGGCAAUGGAUGUGGUUCUCUUUGGACCUCCAAAACACCAUAAUUAUGUAAAAGACACUCUCCUAGUUCUGUCACUAGUAGUAGCUGUUGGUGGCUGUUGGUUUGCUUUUGUUCAGCAUAAAUACUCCAAGAUUCACCUUCGGAAAAUGAUGAAUGACAUGGAGAGUUUACAGAAUGCUGAAGAAGCUCUUCAGAGGCUACAGGAGGAGCUGGAUAAAGCACGUCAAGAACAAGAGAAUGUUGCUAUUGAAAAGGAAAAUCUUGAAAAAAGACUGCAGGAUGAGAUUAAUAUUGCUAGGAAACAAGGUGAUGAUGGCGAUAAUGAGGACGUAAACAGAAUGCAGCAGUUAGAAGAAGAGCUGGAACACGUACGGGAAGAGUUAAGGAGGGCAGAGAGGGCCAUGGAAUCAAGAGCUUGGGUUCCUCCUUCAGCUCUCCAACACUGGCUACAACUAACUCAUGAACUUGAACUGAGGCAUUAUAAUGCCAAGAAAAUUGCAGCUGAACAACAGUUAGCUGCUGCUAAAGAAGGGUGUGAAAAGCUGAAAAAAAAGAGAUCAAAUUUUAUGGGAACAUUCAGGAUUGCUCAUGGAAGUUCCAUUGCAAUUAUUGAGAGGCGUAUUCUUUUGGCAGAAAAAUCGGCUCUAUCGGAAGUAACUCAAGACCUUCAAGAACGAUUACAUCGCUGGAGACAGAUUGAACUACUCUGUAACUUUCCUAUUGUAUAUAACCCUGGAUUAAGAAAUUUACAGUUGUUGCUACAAGGUACAUCUAGUAGUAGCUUGGGGAAGGCCUAUUCUCCAGAAGGAAGUUUAACCCGUAGUGGGAGUGAAGCAACUUUGUUAGAAGAUAGUAGUCCCCCUAUUUAUGGUAGUGCUGGACUUGGUGGUGCAGUUCAUUAUCUAGUGCACAGCUCUGUCUCCACUUUUCUUGCCCCUGUACCCCGAUUCACUAUGUGUGGCUAUAGUGAGCAUAGUGUGCUUGACUAUUCUACUGGUGCUCUUAACACUGAACAUAGCAGCCCUUGCCUUGUCAGUCAGGCAACGACAAUUCAACCAACUGUAAUGCAUAGGAAGGGCUCCAUCCCUGCAUGUUCAGUUCCAGCUUUCCCACGACUAUUGUUUGGGCCUGAUGGACGAAAGGAGAGUGUAGUUAUUCAGCCUUCAUUAUUAGCUGUCACAGCAGCAGCCUCGGAGCUCCACAAAUCUGCACCUAGUUCUCUGUCCUUAAAAACAGAAAGUAUGUCACCUACUAAUGUUCCUAAUACUUCAUUCCACCAACAAGAUUCCUCAUCAGAACAUGAGGAAGACGAGGAAGGCUAUGAGGAAGAUGUUGAAUCGUUAGAUGGCAGUAUAGCCUCAUCAUUGGCUCCUUGUACAGUGUCUGCUGAAGGUGGAAAUCCACAAUUUAUUGUAGGAGAAAGUUUUAGCCAACAAGAUGUCCAACUAUUUCCUUCAACUCCAGCAAAUAAACUGCCAAGGAAGAUGGUAAAAAGUUUAAGUCAGGACACACAUCUUAUUUCUUCGCACGAGGCUCCCUGUGUCUUAAACAGACUCACUCUUUCUGAAACUGUUAUAAAUGGACGUCAGCAUAAUACACUUCCUACAAACAUCAUGCCACAUCAUAUUAGCGAUGGAGACAAACAAGGUUCUCUCAGCAGACGAAAAAAGUCUGGAGCCGUGAAAAAAAAUGUAACAAGUGCUGCCAUAUUAGAUGAGGAAAACUCCACAGAUUCUAAUUCAACUACUGAAGAAAAUGAAAGAAAAGGGAGACGAAAGAAGUCCUUUUUAACUGAACUGAUCAAGAAAAAAUCGAAAGCCUUGUAAUAACUUUUUCUGUGUAGUUGGCCACUUUAUAAAGAUCCUUCUAAAAUGUAAGGAGUUGAGCAUUUAUGUCAUCCAGAAACGUUUUAGUCAGUCAAAAGUUUUAAAUUUUCUCCAUUAUCAAUUUUUAUUGUAGGUACUAUUAUAUACUGGAUACUCUCAUAUUUCCCAGUCUUGUUUCUUUCUGUGUUUAGCAACACAUUUUGUGUUACAUUGGAUAGAAAAAUGUGAUACAGAACACCACAAAUGAUUUUUUGUUAUCCAUCAACAAUCAAAUCUUUGAAGGUUACUACACUCUGGACUGGAGAUAUCAGGAAAGAUUUUUUUGUUAUCCAUCAACAAUCAGAUCUUUGAAGGUUACUACACUCUGGACUGGAGAUAUCAGGAAAGAUUUUUUUUGUUAUCCAUCAACAAUCAAAUCUUUGAAGAUUACUACACUCUGGACUGGAAAUAUCAGGAAAGAUUUUUAAAAAUCUGUAUUGCUUCUUUCUUAUGGCCGACAUUGGACUGUUAAUAAGAGAAAGUGGAAAAGAAAUAGGUUGUUUAUAUCUUUAUGUUAAUACUUCUCUUCAGCCCCAAACUAUUAAACACUUUUAUGCAAAAAAAAACAUGCCUUGUCAUUAGAUUAGGCUUUGUGCACACCUUGUUUUGAUGUAAAAUAAUUCUUUUUAUAUGGUUGGAUUUAAAUAAAAAUUUAAUAUUUGUAUACCUGUGA